GCACCAGUCGCUUGCUAGCUAAACUAUACCCUGGUCCCCUCGAACGUCGACGGAGUGCUUGACGAUGGCGGACACAAAGCGGUCGUCCCAGAUCCCGGUGAUGAGUCCUCGCUCAUCCUCGCUCUCGUCGUCCCUUGGUCUGGUGCCGCCCUCGAGAUAUCCGUCGGUGAGUGGCAGCCCGACACUCCCGACACCUAGUCCAUCGGCUUCGAGCAACGGCGGAGGAAGCACGCCGUUUCGCUCGUUCCGAAACUUCCUCUCAUUCGGAGGAGGGAGACAUAGCUCCAACCCAAGCGUCUCUGCCCUGCCGAAGGGACCGUUCACCGGCCUCGGGCCUGUCAGGCGUUCCGUCAACGUUGAACGUAGGGUAUCUUCCCCCCAACUCAACUCAAGACGUUCCGAGGACGACUAUGUGCUCUCGAUCGACUUUCCUCGUCCUGGCGGCGACAAGUCGACUCAUACCCCGCGGUCGCAGAAGAGCGACUCAGGACUGGAACCUCCCCGAACUCCGCUCUCACAAAUGUCCCAUUCGUCCCGCUCAGAGAGUCCAACUAGCGAUACGCUCGCCUCACCAGCGGCACCUGCGCUAGCCGCGACAGAGCUGUCAACUAUCCUAGAGUCCGAGACUUCCGGGAUCUCGAAGCAUCUGCCGAGUUUAGAUACCUCUCAAGCCAGCCAUGGCGCGGACAGCGAACGGGAAUCAGAACAUGCCAGCCCAACCGGAUUCUUGCCUCUAGAGCUAUACCAUCUGCGACCGCCAUCCCACGAUACCCGGCACAGAAGCCGUUCUCCCUCAAAUGAUACCUCUCCACUGGAUCUCUCGACAUCUAAGCUAACCAGCGAGGUAAUGGCCGCCAUGUCGGCCAGCCCAGGGAAGCAGGACUGGUUUAGUGGUAUCGUUGUGGACGAUACCACUUCAGAUAGCGCAGCCAGCAGAGGGCGCACGCCAGAGUUCUCCGACAUGAGCUUCAAUCUGAACACUCUCGAUCCGGACCUCGCCGCUUUGCUCAGUCCUCACCGGGCAAACGACACGGAACCGGCGUUGCUCGUCGCCAUCGACGCAAUACCCCCUCCCGCUUCCAGUUCUCCACCACCACAGUCAUCACCACAGUCAUCACCACCCUCUCCCCGUACAUCGGUCGAAAAGCCCACAGUUACUCCCGCGCGCCGCCUCCCUCCUGCUUCCCUCUCCGCCGCCCCUCGUAGACCAGCUAAUACCACCCUUCCCCGCAUCGUACGCUCAGCGUCCGAUAGGCCCGCUUUUCCCAUCGCAGGGAAGACGGGCCUUCCGUCACCCAUCAGCCGCACACCAUCCGGCCGUGCAGCAUCCCAUAGUCCCGAGCGGCCCUCAUCCAUGGGCUCUGUGACAAGUACACAAAGCCACCACCGCCCGCAACGAACAGGGUCUAUCGACGUCCGAAGGCCCAGUCCGGGCAGCGCCAGCGGUAGUACGGACAACCGGAAAUCUGCCAUCUCGCGUCUUAUGACGCCCGCGCGUUCCUCCGCGUUGAGUCCAUCGUCCUCCGCGAGCGGCUCGCGUCCACCCCUCUCCCGCUUCAAUUCGGCUCAAGGCAGCAGUGUCUGGGAUGCGGAAUCGGUGUCUCCAUCUUCGCGAGCACCUUCUUCUGUAGGGACGGCUCCAAGUCGUCUCCAGGAACACCGCCCAAGUCUCGACGUCGACCGCCCCCGGCCUAUGGGCACGCGCACUCGGAAGCGCAGCUCGAGCGUCAUCGAACAUCGCGUAACCCCUGCGUCUCCGUCGUACAUGACCUCGCCAGUACCUCGAGCUACGGACUGGCUAGGUCCUCGCACGCAAAAGGCCUUCGCCGCGGCAGGGCUGUUGGACUUCGAGAAAGACUCGCCCGCAAGCAUCAGCCGACCGGGAUCUCGUUUCGGCACCACCCGCAGCAGCGUCGAGCGAGAGCGUUCGAGGUACACGCCGUCGAGGACAGCGUUCUCCGAGGCCGGGUCUAGCUCCUCAUGGGGAGCGCGGAGUCUCUCGCGGGCGACCGGUUACGCGGAGAUGACUGGCGGUCCCUCGAGGGAAAGUAUGUCGACACCUCGAACGACGUUUUCCAGCGCCUCGACAGCCCCCACAUCCAUCUCUGCGUCGUCUUCUGUGCAGCAGCACAUUCAGACGGAGCUUCAGCUGCUGCAAGAUCGACACGCGCUCGAGAGCGGUGCCCUCCUCAACGCCCUCGCCGACUCGCAACGAACUACCAAAUUGUUGCGUGAAGAGAACGCCCAGCUGCGCGAGCGUCUCCAGUUUCUCGAAGACAAGCUGGCAGACGCCGAGGACCGCAUGCAGCAACUCCAGUACGCACAGCCACCUCCCCCUCCUGCGGCGACCUCGCGUUCAGCCUAUAGCCGGCGCUUUGCGAGCCCCGCUCUGUCUGAAAACCGCACUCUGCCCACACACUCGCGUCAUGGCUCCUUCCUCCGCGCCCAGACCGACACCCGCCACGAGCUCUCUUCGCCCGAACCGAGCUCGCACUCGCCCGAAACGCCCGAAGACCACUCCGAAGGCUUCCCUCGGGCGCACCGCAAGCGCACAAGCGUCGCGUCGUCCGUCUUCGCCGCUGUUCCGAACAACAUGUCUAUGAUUAUGCAGGAAGAGGGCACGACGUCCGACUCUAUCGGCGGCCUGUCGAUGCACUCGUCGCCGCCCGGCUCGCCGACGAUGGUCCUCGGACGGGUGCAGCCGCCCCCGAUCGACACGAAGCCGCACCCGUACCCGCGGCCCGGCCAUGCACUGAGCAAGUCCGUCUCGUCGUCCGCAGGCAACAUCUCGCCGACGACGGCGAACUUCUCGAUGCUGACCGGCUCGCCGGGCAGCCUGAACCUCCGCCCGGAGCACGAGCGCCAUCUGGGCGAUAUGCCGAGCCUGGACCUCGCGGACGGGUUCGAGGACUAUGACGACGACGCCGGCGACCUAUGAUCUGCUUCUGCUGCUAUGCGCGCAUCCGCUCCCUCCCUCGCUGCUCUGUUGUCCCUUGCGCCCCGCUCCUCUUCGACCUUCUGUGUAUAUGUGACCUUCGUCUUCUUUGGAUGUACAUGGUUUGGCUAAUCUGGUUCGCGUUCAUUUACUCAUUACGCUCCUUCGCGCACGCUCUCCUCGUUCCUCUCCUAUCGCACCCGCAUCGUAUAAUAUAGACCGUCCACGCAUUGCUGUCGGUCCCGCCUCGGGCCUGUACCCCCCACCGUGUUUGUCUAGUUCCC